GUGUCCAGCGGAAGAGUUAACUACAUGCCCCGCUAAUAUCUUUUCCCCUUUGUCCAUUGUGAACAUGGCGUUUGAUUUACACGCGGUAACCAGUGUGGAUGAUGUUGUAAAUUGGGCGCUUUGGCGACUCAUGGAGAUUAGCGGUCGGAGUGUGAACCUUACGUAGAUCAUAGUGUACACGAAUCCGUAGCAUACUUGUUUUCUUUAUGCGUUUGCAACAAGACUACCGUUACCUGUCUUAAGCCAAACGUACUUUGUCGUUCAUCCUCCGGGCUCCCUGCUGGUCAAUUUUCAUCAGAUGAAUCGCCACUGACUAAAAAUGGAUUCCUUUGUCUCUGACUGUGGUCCCUACGACACGUUGCAGACUAGUAUAAAGGCAGACUUCAUGGCCACUUUACCACCAACUAUCUCUCUUAUUGAAUCAUCUCUUGCGUAUAAUGACCACUCCAUCUCAGUCUCGUCCUAUCUCGCCUGGUAUCUAUGCCGACUUUUCGCACCUAUUCAGUGGAGGCGCCACUGCCUUUGUUGAGAUUCCCAAUGGACCGCCGCGAAAUUUAGAAGCCGAAUACUGGCCCUCCAUAGACGAAACACCUGAAAAGCUGGAAGAAAUGAAGGAGACGUUUACUUUUACUACCCUUCCCCCGUAUGACCCGGACCACCCCGACGAGUGGCCAGUCACUGAAGCUAUCCUAAUGGGUGACAUGGAAGAAGCACUACUCGCGUUCCCCGGGUUUCCCACAUCGUUCGAACCUCCCCCAAAGAAACACGAAGUCAGGCCUAUUCCAGGGAUCGGAUACGGAAUGUUUGCCACAGAAGACAUCGCUGUUGGCGAUCUAAUCAUUCGUGAAAGACCUCUUGUCAUCCUUACGCCAAUUGCGCCAGUAGUUGCGCCCAGACUCGUGCUUGUCGAACGACUUACUGACGAGAAUAGGGAAGCUUUCUUUGCGUUGCAUAAUUGCAAAGGCCCGGAUUUGGAUCCUGUCAUAGGAAUCAUCAACACCAACGCAGUGCAUGCUACUUUGCCCGGAUUCAAGGGCCCAUGUGCUGCGGUCUGCAAGGAAAUCUCUCGGGCCAAUCAUAGUUGUUCUCCUAAUGCUCUGUUUAGCUGGGACAUCGCAUCUUUUUCUGAGAGUCUGCACGCCAUUUGGCCCAUUGCAAAGGGAGAACAGAUCUAUGUCUGCUAUGGCGAUCAAUACGCACCUCGCGAUACCCGUCGAGAGUUCCUCUUGAGACGUUAUAAAUUCCACUGUAAAUGUUAUUCUUGUGGACUGCCCGACGCAGAUUCCCGGCGAAGCGAUACCCGUCGUGCAAUUCUUGAGAAGUCAACUCGUCAAGAUGCUAUCGAUUUCGCCAAAACGUAUAGUGAUACAGUUGUUCACAAGUGGUUACACGAUCUCUCGGCUCCAGACGACGCUGUAAUCAAACGAUGCAAGGCUCUAUUCAAGAUGAUGGGAGACGAGAGACUCCUGGGUUACUCUCUUUGGCUUCAGUACCAGCGAAUCUGUGCAGUGUAUUGUGCCCUAGGAGAUGCCGAAAAUGCUAGAGAAUGGGCACAGAAAGCUGCAGCAUGGAGCAGAAGUCGUUAUCACGACGAUUGUGGAUGGGACGCUGUGGCUCGCGCGCCUCAGAAUACUGCUUGGUGGACUUUGAGAGUAUUAUUGAAAAAGGCCAUGAACAUGUGGCCGUAAUACCUAGAUAGCUGUGCGCAACGGGUCAUUUAGACCCUCGAAGUGUAUGUGAUCCAGUUAUAAUUUGUCUUUGAAGAUUAUCUUGUCGUUCAAAAAUUGCCAAUUCUUU